UUCUUUCUUAACCCUAAGGUCCCUAACCACGUAGCAAGAAAAAAAUAAACCCCAACUUCCCCCCAAAAUUUCAGUUACCUCCAAUCCACGCACGCAGAUUGAAUCUCUCUCUCCCUCUUCCUGUCACACAGAGAAUUUGUGGUGUCUUGCUACAAGUCCAAUACAUCAUGGCCUUGUUGAACAAAAACCUCGGAACUAGAGAAGACGCUAGGAACUCCGAGGACGAGGAUGAUGAGCUGGAGCAGCUGGAGUCCGAAGUGAUGGAAAUGGCGCAAAAGAUUCUCGAUUACAGAGCCACUCUCCCGGAUCAGCUCCGGACCACUCUCGCUUCGGUCCUCGCAGCUCAGAGACCCGUUUUCCCUAAUGGGUUGGAACCAGCCCUAUCCGGAGGUCCUAUUUCUGAUGCAGGACAGGUCAGUUCUAGUGAGGGGGCACAACAGUUAGAAGGGGAUCAAGAGGCUACUGAGAAAAUACGGUUGCUUAAAGAUAAAAUUUCAAACAAUGUCUCAGCUAUGCCUGUUGUUCUGAAGAGGAUGAAGGAGUGUUUAUCUAAGAUUGACAAAUUGGAUUCUUACAAUGGAAUUGUGCAUCCUGCAUUCAAGAGGAAAGGGACUAGCUGACAAUUUUAUCAUGCUUGCUUUAUUUAUAUACCAGUUGAUUUGAAGAGGAAUGUCAAGAGUGUUCAAAUGAUUGAUCACUUAAUUUGCUAAAUGGGGACAUGCAUCCAGCGUUGGAAGUGAUAGGGAUCUACUGCAAAGUGUUGUCUCCUACAAUGGAUUUCAGAGUUUCCCAUGUAUUGUAAUUACUCCAAAAAGGGAUUGCUUUACGGUCUGUACCAUAUUGUGUUGAUAAUAUCCACAGAGCUCCCCUUGCAUCUAUUGAUUCAUUACAUCAAAUGAAGAGACGAUGCUAAUUAUUGUAGGAUGUUUA